AUGCCAUCAUCAGCAGUGCCUGCUCAGGUUUCUGUAAAUCGAGCUGUGCAGCAGGCUGUGGCCCGCUUUGCGGAGGAUCCGGCUGCAGCCUUGCAACUGCCUUGGGAAACCCCUCUCAUGAAAGCGAUAUUUUCUGAGGAUGAUGCAACAGCACUUGCAAAUCUUGUUCCGGUGUCGUUUGCUUUAAAAGGGAAGCCUCCUCCGUUGCCGGGGGCUUCACGUGUGGACCUUGGCUCAGGCCAGAGGCAAUCAACCUUGAAGCUUGAAGGAAACAUUUGUGAGCAUGCCAUUCGAAAAUUCCGUGAUGAUGACGAUCUCUUGAAAGAGGAGAGGUUGUUGCAUCGUGCAACUGCCAAAUGGGCCUUAGUUGUUUUCCGGUACGCCAGGGAGUGUGGUCUUGCGCCUGAGACUGAGGAGGAGAUUAUAGCUUGUUUUGGUACAAGGUCGGUGCACACGGUCACCAAGCGUGCCAAUACGUUUGCUGCUUAUUUGAGGUGGUUGGACGUGGUCUCUAAUUCCAAUGUGUCUGCCUUCUGUGAUGCAGCUUACUGGAAGUACUUGAAAUUCUUGGAAUCUUCUGGUGCUGCCGCUUCCAGUGCCACAUCCUUUCUGUCAUCCGUGAGGUUUUGCAAGUUCGUGUUGGGGUUGUCUCGCGUGGAGGAGCCCAGCCGAAAGUGUGUCGGCCUCUCAGAGAAGUUAGCCAGUCAGGCUGGGGUUGUUAGGCAGGCAGCGCCUCUGACGGUGGACCAAAUCCUCGUGAUUCAUGAAGCAUUACACAGUGAAGAUACGAGCAGGUGGGACCGUGCUUUCUGCGCUUACUGCUUGGUUGCCUUGUACGGCCGUGCCCGCCAUAGUGACUUGAAGAGGGUCUCACAUAUUGAGUGGGAUGUGCCGCAGGAUGCCGAUCGGUCAAAGCAAGGCUCUCAAGGUUACAUCAUCAUCUACACCAAGCACCAUAAAACUUCCCGGGCCACGGCGAAGAAACUUCUGCUGCUUCCCAUUGUUAUCCCAGUUGCAGGAACCCACAGCAAGCCUUGGAUACACGCGGCCCAGGAUGCAUUUGCAGCUGUGCACUUAACCUUGAGGGGCGAGGUUAACGGAACUGAGGCGAUUUAUUCGGUGGAGCUGAGUUUGCCGCACGUGCAAAAGCUUGAGGCCCUUAUCAAGUUCAUCGUGAACGGAUCCUUUGCCCCAGAUGCAUCACGGGCAUUGAUGUGGGCGUUUCCGCCGCCAGCUGCUGAGAUCGCCUCGCCAGGACGGUUCCCGGUGCCUGUGGAGACUUCCAGCGUGACGCCAGCAGAGGAGCGGCCGGGGGCUGUGGACCCUGACUCUGGGGAUGAAGGACAGGAAUGGCAGAUGAUAAUCGCGUCGAGCCUGAAGGUGGGUGGGUAG